AUGUUAAAGUCCCAUCACGACAAACGUAUCACCAUCACAGUCCUGAAGGCCAGAGACCUCUCGCUGGGACCUCCUGGAACUAAGGGAGAGAAAGGUGAACGGGGAGAUCUCCAGUCGACAGCAUCAGUUCAGGCCAUUGCCAGACAGGUCUGUGAGCAGCUGAUCCAAAGCCACAUGGCGCGCUACAACAGCAUCCUGAACCACGUGCCGAGUCCUCCGGUGUCAAUCCGCACAGUUCCCGGACCACCAGGAGAGCCUGGUCGAGAAGGACCCCCAGGACCACAGGGAGAACAGGGACCCCCAGGCAGACCAGCCUUCCCAGGACAGAAUGGACAGAAUGGGCAACCAGGAGAAAGAGGACAACCAGGAGAGAAGGGUGAUAAGGGAUCUCCAGGUGUUGGUGUUCAAGGACCCAGAGGACCUCCAGGACCACCUGGUCCCCAGGGACAGGGCAGACCAGGUAGCUCUGGACCCUCAGGACGACCUGGAAAUCCCGGAGUACCCGGUCGGCCCGGAGCCCCCGGUCCCAUCGGCCCCCAGGGGCCUCCGGGUUACUGUGAUCAGAACUCCUGUGUGGGCUACAAUGUUGGAGAAGGCGAGGAUGUCACUGACGGCGGCGCUGUCCCCGCAGUCCAACUACCACCCAGCGUCUUCCAGAACUACGGCGAGGUCGAGGAAGACGAUCCGUACCGCUACUACCAGCCCAACUACCCGGCCCCUCGACCAGUGGCGCCCGAUGAUCCCGCACUGGCCCUGGGUGACAUUGAGCUGAGGUCUCCUGGCGUCUACCGCACCUCUCGGAGUGUGAAGGAGGAGGAAGAGAAAGUCGGGUCGAAGAGGCGACUAAAGAGAGGCGCCGCGUGGACUAACUGAGAGGAGUUGAUUCUGAUUGGGCGGCUCGGAGCUGCUAUGGACUAAUCAACAAGUGCCUGAUGUAAAGGAUUUCUUAUGGACAUUGUAGA